UUACUGAUUCUGCAAUUGUCCGUGCCCAAAUUCAAAAGGAAAGUUACGGUUUUGGUACAUUUGUCGCCAAUAGGAUAGCCGAGAUUCAAUCAAAGACACAAAAGGCUGAAUGGUUUUGGAUUCCUUCUGAUCAAAAUCCUGCGGAUCUUACAACAAGGAUUACACAUCCCAGCAUAUUAAACAAUGAUUCAAGGUGGCAGAAAGGACCAGAAUUCUUACACUAUCCUAUUGAACAGUGGCCAAUGAAACAAACUGUUGACGUUUUAGAAAUUCCGGAUUCAUUGGUGCACAGUGUGUUGACAGAAAAUAUUGAAGUGAAGCCAAAGGAAUCCUCGACUCGGAUACUGGAAUUGAUAGACACCACGAGAAUCUCAUCCUUGAAUAAGCUAUAUAGACUCACUGGUAUUUUGCAACUUAUAUUCAAGGUGCACUCAUUCAAGAAGAUUCUUUAAAAUUUGACAGCUGAAGUUAUAAGAGAUGCUGAAAGGGCUUGGAUUUUACAUGCUCAAAUGGACCUACCAAACAAUGUUAUGCAGAGGUUUCGACGUCUUGGCCCUGAACGAACAAAGGAUGGAAUUAUUACAGUUGGACAGAGAAUGAGUAAAUGGAUUGAAGAAACCUGGAAUCAGUCCACAUUUGCACUUCUUCCUACAAAUCACGUAUUUACAGAAUAUGUAGUGAAAGCAAUACACGAUGAAGAUCAUGCAGGAAUUGACGUUACUCUAGCAAAGAUCCGAAGCAGAUUUUGGAUACCUAAAGUAAAAAACAUUAUAAGCAGAAUUAAAUUUAGGUGUGUGAUAUGUAGAAGAAAAUUCAAAUCAAUGCAAGGUCAACAGAUGGGUCCAAUGCCAGAGACAAGACUUAAACCGACCCCUCCCUUCAACAUGUGUGCUGUUGAUUUGUUUGGACCUCUUGUAAUCAAGGAUGCAGUUAAGAAGAGGACCCAUGGGAAAGGUUAUGGUGUCUUGUUUAAUUGCUUAGUUUCAAGAGCAGUAUAUAUUGAUGUAGCAGAAGGAUAUGACAUGGGCAGUUUCCUUAUGGUACUACGACGUUUUGUUUCCAUCAGAGGAUAUCCCAGAAAAAUGAUUUCUGAUGCAGGUACUCAACUAAUUGCUGCCGGGAAAGAAUUACAAAAAGUUGUACAUACUUGGGAUUGGGAAGAUAUCAAGAAUUUUGGGACAGCUAGAGGCAUGGAUUGGCAGACAACAAAAUCAGCGGACGCACCCUGGGAAAAUGGUUGCAGCGAGUCGCUUAUUCGUUCAACAAAACUUUCUCUUGAGACUGCCAUUGGAUCAGCAAUUAUGACAUUUUCAGAGUUACAAACUGUUCUCUUUGAAGUUUCCAAUCUACUAAAUGAACGUCCCAUUGGUACAAAAAAUUGCGACCCUACUGAAGGUACAUAUCUUUGUCCGAACGAUCUAUUGUUAGGUCGGGCAAGCACCAGAGUCCCUGUAGGAGACUGGGAUGAUUGCAAGGACCCCAGAAUAAGAUGGAAAUUUGUUCAGCGUGUGGUGAAUACAUUUUGGAGAAGAUGGACACGAGAUUUCUUUCAUACCCUUAUUAUAAGACAGAAAUGGCAUCAUGAAAGGAGAAACAUUCAAAAUGGUGACAUCGUACUUGUUCAAGAUUCAAAUAAUGUGCGUGGUCAAUGGAAACUGGCACAAGUUUCGGAGGCAAACCCAAGAAGUGAUGGAAAAGUGCGGGAUGUAAAACUUAGAUACAAAAAUCUGAACCAAGAUCCUAAAUAUUGUGGUUGUCCAGAUACGGUGGUUUGCAGAUCAGUCCGACGAUUAGUUGUGAUUCUUCCAGUUGAAGAACAGGUGUAAAUGUAAACUGUGAACAUGUGAACUUUUUCAUAUCCCUGGACAAAUGGUGGGGGGAGUGUACGUUUCGGAAUUGUACAUUCCGUCCGUAUCGUUUCGGACUUUAUUAUUUCGUAAGUAAUAUGCGGUUUGAGAUGCACGGACUCCUCAACGGCGAAACAAUGUCAUGUAUUAAGCCCGUCAAUGUGUCGAAACAAUAAAAUGUUACUACAUGACGGUGUGAAUUUCUGAACUGA